AUGCUGGCCCCAGCUCCUAUUAUGCUCGGUCUUGCCUAUUGCAAUAACCGAGAGAGCAAUCUUUUUCUACUAGAUCCGGGGUUUCCAAAACAAAAUGAAGAUUGUAGUCCUAAAUUGCACAUCACGGCCCGUAAUGGCCAAGCUCCUAGCUCUAAAAUUGAUCGCCGCUCACCCGCCAUUGUCGCCCAAAUAGUCGAAAAGGGAAUUAAUUUCACAGCGCUUGUUACCGCUGGAAAGGGAGGAUUUUUUCUGCUACAGUCAAGAUUUAUUGAUGCGCACUACAGUGCUCAAUCGCUUAUUAUUCGAAAUGGAGAGGAUACCCCCUCAAUUACGCUUUUUCCUUUUGCACCUGAUAUGAAUUUCGCAGAUCUCAAUUUGCAGACCUUGUUUCACGCAAGGCCACUCUUUAAUUAUACGAUUGGCGUUUUUCCUAUUGUUUCACCAUAUAACGGGCCCCUUUCUUCAUUUAACGUAUUGGAUGCUAUUCUUCUUGAGGGCUCUCGAUCAGUGAUGAUUGGCAUUGGACAAUGCUCUUCUUUCGGCAUGCCACCUCAUAUGGUUGCUUUUGAGGUCCCAAGCCGUCCAGACGUUACAGUCCAAAGUCAUGUCUUGACCCUUGAUCAUGAUACUGAUCGCAAGAGCAUAUCUUCAUUCCUGCCCCAACGUAUUUGGAAGCUUUCUCCUUGCACUUUAUCUGAGAAAUGGCGUUGCAGGCGCUUCGACCUUGGCCAUCAAUUCCAAGCGGCUUUUCCAGAGUAUAUCAGUGCACCAAUUGUGCUCGAUGUUCUUCUUGUCGACAAAGACAUAGCGUUGCAGACAGGCUUGGAAGCCAAGUAUUUAGAGACAGGCCUCAAUACAAAGGAAAAUAUCAGCUCAAAUUCGCCACUCAUAGUGAUAGCACACGGCGGCCCGCAUUCCGCGUAUGCAUCUGAAUGGAGCCGUACUUAUGAUCAUCUUCUUAGUGAAGGAUAUAUGCUUCUUUUUGGUUUGGCUUGUUGA